CCAUUGAUGUUACUCUGUCUAUAGCUCAAAAUGCUCCUUCCACCACGAAUGUCUAUUCUUCUCCUCCUUAUAGCAGUCCUCUUGGCUCUGGCUUUCGUCCCGAACCCGGUCGAACCGCUAACCGGAGUCACCGACGUCCAAGCCCUCCGAGCCCUCAAGGAAUCGGUCGACCCGGUAACCAUCACCCCGACAUCAUUCCUCUACAGCUGGGACUUCAACGUCGACCCCUGCGACAGCUCCGGCUCGUUUCUCGGCGUCCUCUGUUCCUUCCCGCUCGACAAUUCGAGCAGCCGGGUGAUCGCGAUCGGCCUCGACGAUGCAGGGUACGACGGGUUCCUGAGCCCGCUGAUCGGAAACCUGACGGAGCUCGUCACCAUCGACCUGACGAGGAACAAAUUCCGCGGCCCGCUGCCGGAGAGCAUCGUCAACCUCCGGCAGCUCACCAAGCUCCUCAUUUCGGAGAAUCUAUUCACCGGGCAGAUCCCUGACGGCAUCACGAAGCUCAAGUUACUUCAGGAAGCUGAUCUCUCGUACAACCAUUUUUCCGGCAAUGUCCCGGCGAAAAUCGCCGUGCUGAGGAGCUUGAACCGGCUAAUUCUCUCCAACAAUGCCCUCUCCGGCAGGCUUCCCGACAUGUCCGGGCUGUGGCAGCUCAGCGCACUCGACGUCAGCUCGAACAAUCUGUACGGGAACAUCCCCAGGCUGCCGUUGAACCUGAAGACUCUGGUGAUGAGCCACAAUGUGUUCUCCGGCCACAUCUCGCCGGUCAAGCACUUGCAGAAGCUUCUGGUGCUUGAUGUUAGUGAUAACAGGAUGUCGGGUCGGGUCCUCAGGCAGGUCAUGACCCUGUCGUCGCUGGUCCGGCUCAAUGUAUCGAGAAACCAUUUCACGGCGUUGGAUCCGAUCGAUUUCCCCGGGAUCGAGACGCAUUUGCAGUCGCUUGAUGCCAACGACAACCAGCUCCGCGGCCAUUUGCCAGGGUCGUUGGCCGGCCUCGAGAACCUGACGUCGCUCGAUCUGUCGCAUAAUUACUUGUCGGGUUCGAUUCCGAUGGAGUACGGGGCCAAAUUGGGGCGGCCGUGGAAGUAUCUAUACUUGAAUGAUAACUUUCUGCAGGGGAACCUGCCGCCGCAGUUGGCUGCCGGCGGGGAGGACGGGAUUAGAGGGAGCCUGGCGAACAACUGCUUAAGAUGCUCGACCACCGUUCGACUCUGCCGCGGCGGCCAGCGGCCGCAUGCUGUUUGCGCCGCGCAGAGGCGGCGCUGGUGAGGCUUUCCCCGCCGGCGGGAAUUUAGAAUGACAGUACUUCCAGCUGCAGAAUUCUUAAUAACAUGUAUAAGCUCCCUAGUAAAAUCAUAAGAUAUGUAGACUUCGUUUGGAUGUAAUGAAUUUGGCUGCGAAAUUCUCUCUUCCGUUUGUUUGAACCACAUUUCGACAUCCAAGCAAACAUUUAAGAGCUAUAUGAUCCAGGAAAAACUAAAACAGAUUGCCGCAAAUUCAUCUCAAACAUCUUCAGAACCUUCUAUAAACACACAAUCAUAAACUGUUGUUUUCUAAGUACAACAAAAACUCAUUCCUUAC